AAUUUUGACUCGCAGCUAGGGCCUGCAUACCUCGACCUCGGUAAAUUUUACGUUGCUGGGAAGAUCGUAACUCUUACUGGGAGAUACGUCGUGUUGGGGAAAGGUUACGACGUCCCAGCUUUGGGAUAGUCCUUACUAUUUAUUAUCUAUCUGACUGGGUACUCCUAAUGAUUUUUAUAGUUGAAAGGCGUGCAGAGACUUUUACAAACAAAAUGGCUUCAGAGGCUUCAAAGGAGACGAAGCUGUGGGGUGGUCGAUUCACCGGUGCAACAGACCCGAUCAUGGAGAAAUUCAACGCGUCAAUUGGUUAUGAUCAGCGCAUGGCACAGGCUGACAUUGAGGGAAGUAAAGCCUACGUUAAGGCCAUCCAGAGGGCAGGACUGGUCACAGCAGAGGAACGCGACGCCAUUGUCGCUGGGCUGACCGCGGUGGCAGCAGAGUGGGAAGCCGGGAGCUUCCUGUUGAAGCCUGGUGAUGAAGAUAUCCACACGGCUAACGAACGACGCCUUAAGGAGCUGAUUGGUGCGCCGGCGGGCAAGCUUCACACGGGGCGCAGCCGUAACGACCAGGCCGCUACGGACACGCGCAUCUGGCUACGCGGGGGCGUGCGCACGUUGCGAGGUCACCUGUAUGACCUCAUCAAGGUGCUGGUGCUGCGCGCUGAACAGGAGAUAGACAUCCUCAUGCCGGGAUACACGCACAUGCAGCGUGCGCAGCCGAUCCGCUGGAGUCACUGGCUGCUCAGCUAUGCGUGGGCUCUGUCGCGUGACAUGCAGCGACUGGACGAGCUGGCGCCACGCGUCAACGUGUGUCCGCUCGGCAGUGGCGCCCUCGCCGGCAACCCCUUCAACGUGGACCGUGAGAUGCUGGCUGCAGACCUAGGCUUUGCGACGAUCAGUGGUAACAGUCUAGAUGCGACGGGUGGACGAGACUUCGUCGCUGAGUUCCUGUUCUGGGCGACGAUGACGGCGACCCACCUCAGCAAGCUUGCAGAGGACCUGAUCCUCUACUGUACGAAGGAGUUCUCCUACGUGACGCUGUCUGAUGCCUACAGCACGGGGAGCAGCCUGAUGCCACAGAAGAAGAAUGCAGACAGUCUGGAGCUGAUCCGUGGCAAGGCUGGACGAGUGUUUGGGACUUGUGCAGGAUUCAUGAUGGUACUGAAGGGAUUGCCCAGCACCUAUAACAAAGACCUUCAGGAGGACAAGGAAGCCAUGUUUGAUGUCUACGACACGAUGACCGGGGUGCUGCAGGUUGCCACGGGAACGCUGUCAACAUUGACCGUGCAUCCUGAGGCGUGCACUGCUGCACUUAGUUCUGACAUGCUUGCUACCGACCUAGCAUACUACCUAGUCAGGAAAGGGAUUCCUUUCAGGGAGGCGCACGGGUUAUCCGGAGGUGCCGUGGCCCUCGCUGAACAGAAGGGAUGCACAAUCCAGGAUCUGAGCGUGCAGGAUCUCAAGACCAUCAGCACUACGUUCGAGUGAGGACGUCUCCUGCUGCUGGUGGGACUAU